GCAACUCGUGACGAAUUGGGGGACGUCCGAUUUGUUCUGGCGCGCAAAACCCUCGCUAAACCCCUCGCACUCUAUCCCUCCACCGCCACCGCCGUCGACCGUCGCCUCCGACCACGAAGUACCCGUCCACCAGCACCACUUCUCCAAUCCGCCACCACCAGUCCCCUCUCUCUCUCUCUCUCUCUCUCUCUCUCUCUGCAAGCCACCAUCGCCGGGCCGUCACACCUCCUGCUCAGCUCGGCCACUAUUGCAGACCUCUCCCUCUCUCGCUCGCUCGCAAAGCAAGCACUUAGGUCAAGGGAGAAGUGAAGAUGGCAGGGGACAGAGAUAAGAUUCAAGAAGAGGCUUCUCUUUCACGUUUGUACAAAAUCAUUCUUGGUUGGGACUAUUUUCAAAUCCUUAAAGAAGUCAAUCAACAAGGUAGGAGUGAAGAGCAUGAUAAAGAAGGAACUCCUCUCAGCAUAAAGCGAGUAAAGUACACAUAUAAAGAUGUCGAUGACUACAUUUCUACCUUUGAGCCUCUUUUGUUUGAAGAGACUAAGGCUCAGAUUGUUCAGAAAAGUGAUGACGAUGAAGAUGCUGAUGUAGAGUGGAAACAUGGAGUGGUUACCAAGUGCAAUGAGUCUGAUGGGUUUCACUUGCCAGAGGUCACUUACGGCUCCUCUUAUAAAGAUUUCUCCGUAUCUCAGAAUGAUCUGCUUUUGCUAUCUAAAGAAAAGUUUGAUGAAGGCAAGAAACUCCCAACAACCUUUGCAUUUGCAUUGGUGGAGCAUCGUCAGAUACGUGAGACGGGAGGGUCUGGGCAAAAUAGUGACUGUCGCUGUCUGGUUGUACUUAGACUUCGAAUGCAUUUGACUGGACAACUCAUGCCUAUGCAGACUGAUAAAGUUGAGUCUAGUCCUCGGCUGCUAAAUAUGCGCUCUCUCAUUACUGAGGGAGGGAAGUCCCUCUAUAUAUUGAAGCUUUGCAGCUUAUCAACUAUUUCUCGUGAAUACGUAGCUGUACACAGUAUUGGUUCCCUUCCUUUCAAGGACUUAAUACUAGCUGCUGCGGAUAAGAAUCCCGCUCCUUCUGACCAGCCCUGGAAAAUUUCCAAACCUCUGGGGGAUUAUAUUAAAAGUAAUUUGAAUGAAUCUCAACAACAAGCUAUAAAAGUUGGUUUGUCACGGAAACAAUUUGUGCUUAUACAGGGUCCCCCUGGAACAGGGAAAACUCAGACUAUCCUUGGCCUUCUGAGUGCCAUUUUGCAUGCCAUUCCAGCUCGGGUGCACUCAAAAUAUUGCAGGGGUAGACUCCGAGGAGUAAAGCGUGGACCAGAGUUACCCAUCAAUGAAAAGUACAUUCACUGGGGAGAUGCAUCUCCAUGGUUAAGUAAUAUCAACCCUAGAGAUGAAAAUCUGCCGACUGACGGUGAUGAUGGAUUUUUUCCAACCACCGGAAAUGAGUUGAAACCAGAAGUGGUUAACUCCUGUCGUAAAUAUCGUGUGCGCGUGUUGGUAUGUGCCCCGUCAAACUCUGCUCUUGAUGAGAUAGUGUUGCGUAUUUUAAAUGCUGGCAUUCGGGAUGAAGAUAAUCAUGUGUAUAAUCCUAAAAUAGUGCGUAUUGGUCUUAAAGCUCAUCACUCGGUCCAGUCUGUUUUCAUGGAUCACCUGGUCCAGCAGAAACAUAGUCAUGGGGUAGCUAGAACGGAUACAGACAAUCUAAGGGCUGCACUUUUGGAUGAGGCUGUCAUUGUCUUUUGCACCCUUAGCUUCAGUGGGUCAACCAUAUUCAGUAAACUGAACCACGGUUUUGAUGUUGUUAUCAUCGACGAGGCUGCCCAAGCUGUUGAACCAGCAACUCUUGUUCCACUGGCUAAUGGGUGCAAGCAGGUUUUCCUGGUUGGUGAUCCGGUACAAUUACCAGCCACAGUGAUUUCUCCAAUAGCCAACAAAUUUGGGUAUGGCAUGAGUUUGUUUCAGAGGUUCCAGAAGGCUGGUUAUCCUGUCCUUAUGCUCAAGGAGCAAUACCGGAUGCAUCCUGAGAUAAGAAGCUUUCCUUCUCGUGAAUUUUAUAAUGAGGAACUGCAGGAUGGUCCAGAUGUCCAGAUUCAGACACAGCGGGUUUGGCAUGAAUUUCGGUGCUUCGGGCCAUUUUGCUUUUUCGACAUACAUGAGGGACAAGAGUCCCAGCCAUCUGGUAGUGGGUCCCGGGUGAAUAUUGAUGAAGCUGAGUUUAUUGUCAUUAUGUAUCUCAAAUUGGUGACCAGAUAUCCGGAGCUCAAGUCAAGCUCAAGGCUUGCAAUUAUAUCCCCUUACAAUUAUCAAGUCAAGCUUCUGAAAGAUCGUUUCAAGCAAAUUUUCAAGGAGGCGGCAAAGGAAGUGGUGGAUAUAAUCACUGUCGAUGGAUGUCAGGGAAGGGAGAAGGAUGUUGUCAUCUUUUCAUGUGUUAGGGCAAGUAAAAGUAAGAGUAUUGGAUUUUUGUCGGAUUAUAGACGAAUGAAUGUUGCAAUCACCAGAGCAAGGUCUUCUGUACUGGUGGUGGGUUCUGCAACCACUUUGAAAAACGAUGAACACUGGGGCAACCUAGUAGAAGCUGCUACCAAGAGUGGUGGGUUGUUUAAGGUUUCCAAGCCCUACAGCUCGUUUUUGUCAGAGGAAAAUCUGGAAACCUUGAGAGUGAAGAAGGACGAACAUCAGUUAGAUGAAACACAGAUAGUGAAUGAGGCAGACAACAUUACUUCAGUGUAUGGCAACACUGGCGAUGUUGAACCUGGCCAAGGAGAUGACAAUUACUAUGGGGAUGGUGAUGCCGACAUGGCUUAUGGUGAUGGAGAAGACUAAUCUGCUUUAUCUUGUUCAACCGAGUCAUGGUUGUACAAGGUUUUUUUCCUAUGACAUCAAAGCAUGUUGUUGGAUAUGUGGAGCAGUCUGAGGUAAAGAGCUUCCUACUCAUGUUGGCUAUAAUCGCCUCCCGAAACCCUGAUGUCCAAUUUUUUCUGCAGCAUAUGCAGGAUUCUUCUCACACCAGAGCGGCGAGCGCCAGCAGCUACCUAAAGUUUCUGUUGAUUUUCAAGUGUUCAUAAAGGAGAACAAUUGUUAUGAUGUGAUUCGCCUCUCAACGACGAUAUCGAGAUUGUAUUCACUUUCUUCUUUAAUCCAUUAGGUGCUAUGACCUUUCUCAUCUGGCCA